GGACCUUUUAUGCCGCCAUGGUUUCCGCCAAUAACAAACCUGCUAGCUUGAAGCGGCUUAAAAUGCAUUGUCUCUGCUGUGUCAUUCUGAACAGUUAGGUUAUCAAAGACUUAAUAUAAAACAUUAAUUUUAGUAUAUCACCAUGAUGGGUGAGUGUUUGUGUCGCUGGGGAUAAACGCGAAUCAGUAAAUAAAAGAUUGCGGCUAGUUUUAGCUAAAGGACGACAUGCUACUUUAGCACUAGUCGUGUUAGCUUGAAGCUAUUGAUGAAUAAUAUCUCCUUUUAAUGGUCAUACUUUGACCUAAAGAGAGAAGUCACGGUCUCUAUUUGGAUCAGAUUAUUUCCUAACCGGGAAGAUUUUCUCCAGAUCAGUCCACACGUUAGAUUUACAAAAUGAAGAUCUUCUCCGUGGCUCACAAGACGGUGUUCGUGGUGGAUCACUGUCCAUACAUGGCGGAGUCCAGCCGGCAGCAGGUGGAGUGUGACGUGCUGACGAAGAGUCGAGGGCAGGGGGUUAUUCCUCUGGCCCCGGUGUCCAAAUCCCUGUGGACCUGCGCUGUGGAGUGCAGCAUGGAGUACUGCCGGAUCCUCUACGACGUUUACCCCCUGCACAAACUGAUUAAUUACGUUGUAAGUGAUUCAGAGUUCCACAUCUUGAAUACAUGGAGGCAGGAAGACCAGAGCACUCAUGAGCUCAUGUCCGCUCUGGCCGCCGUCGGGCCACCUAACCCCCGCGAGGACCCCGAGUGUUGCAGCAUCCUCCACGGCUUGGUGGCUGCGGUGGAGUCGCUGUGUAAGAUCACAGAGCUGCAGCACGAGAGGCGCACCGACAUGAUGGACACCGCGGAGAGAGUGGCCAACAGGGGGCGCAUCAUCUGCCUGACCAACGCUAAGAGCGAUACCCAUGUGCGCAUGUUGGAGGACUGCAUCCAAGAAACCAUUUUGGAACAGAACCGUCUGGCAGCAGGUUCUGACAGGCUGAUGGCAAUCCAGCAGUGUGACCUGGUUCUGGUUCACAUCCACCCGCAGGGCGAGGAGCCGCUGGUGUCCGACCGACCCAAGAAAGAGAUCUCCGCUCUGCUCACCAGCGAGGUUCACUCGGUUCGUGCGGGGCGCCACCUCGCCACCAAACUCAACAUCCUGGUCCAGCAGCACUAUGACCUGGCCUCCACCACCAUCACAAACAUCCCCAUGAAGGAAGAGCAGCACGCCAACACGUCGGCCAAUUACGACGUGGAGCUCCUGCAUCACAGAGACGCUCACAUGGAGUUCUUUAAAAGCGGAGACUUGCAUAUGGCCGGCAGCAGCACGAGAGAAAACGGACUGAAGGAGACGAUCACACUGAAGUGGUGCACGCCUCGAACCAACAGCAUAGAGCUGCAUUACUGUACAGGAGCAUAUCGCAUCUCCCCCACAGACGUGAACAGUCGUCCUUCGUCAUGUCUCACUAACUUCCUCCUCAACGGUCGCUCGGUGUUGCUGGAGCAGCCUAGGAAGUCAGGGUCAAAGGUCAUCAGCCACAUGCUCAGCAGCCACGGAGGAGAGAUCUUCCUUCACGUCCUCAACAGCAACCGCUCCACCCUGGAAGACCCGCCCUCCAUCAGCGAGGGCUGCGGGGGCCGAGUGACAGAUUACCGCAUCACCGAUUUUGGGGAAUUUAUGAGGGAGAACCGGCUCACUCCUGUUUCAGAGACUUCCCAUGAUCCUUCGGGGAAGCUCCCAGCUGAGAGGGCCAAAUCUCAGCUGGAGCGCCACACUCGGUACUGGCCAAUGAUCAUCUCGCAGACCACCAUCUUCAACAUGCAGGCCGUGGUGCCUCUAGCUAACCUGAUAGUGAAAGAGACUUUGUCUGAAGAAGACGUUCUGACCUGCCAGAAGACGGUUUACAACCUGGUCGACAUGGAGAGGAAGAACGAUCCACUUCCUAUUUCAACCGUGGGAUCCAGAGGCAAAGGCCCCAAGAGAGACGAACAGUAUCGUAUAAUGUGGAACGAGCUGGAGACGUUGGUGAAAACUCACGCCGGAGCCACGGACCGACACCAGAGAGUUCUCGACUGCAUCAUCGCCUGCCGCAGCAAACCCCCCGAGGAAGAGGAGAAGGAGAAGAAGAAGAGGGGGAGGAAGAGGGAGGACAAGGAGGACAAGACGGAGAAAAAUGGCAGCAAGGAUGCAGACGACAAAAGCUGGCAGGAGUCGGAAAGACUAAAGGGUUUGCUGGAUAAGGAAGAGCCGGAGUCUGAGGUGAUCAAAGACUCCCCAGAUUCUCCAGAACCGCCCAAUAAGAAGCCUCGCCUCUCCAUUGAGGAGUCCCCGCCUCCAGAGAGAGCCAAAGGUCCUGUCUCGCUGCUCACGAUGUGGAGCAACCGCAUCACAGCAGCGAACUCCAGGAAGCACCAAGAGUUCAUGGGAAGAGUGAGCUCCGUCAACAACAAGUUCGAGCUGUACCAGCAGCUCAAAGAGGAGAAUGGGAUGGAUGUUCACGAAAACGGAAAGUCCUCCAGAUGAUGUCUCCACAGAUCUCAGCCACAAAGAGAUUUUGGACCACAGUGUUGUCUUAGGAAGAAAAGACAACAAAAUGAAAUAGACGGUGAACUCUUAACGAGGAAUUUAUACGUUUUUUAACUCAUUAUUUUGUAGAUAUGCUGUUCACAUAUUGUGUAACACAAUAAAAUCUGUUGAAUAUGGAAGUGAUGAAUUCAA